AUGUGCUACUGUCCCAAUGGCCUACGAGUGGUGGCUGUGUUUAAUCUAAUUCCUCUGAGUUGUAAUAUUGCUGCCGUGCACAAAAUGCUAUUGGUUCCAAUUGUUUCCAAUGAUGCAUGGCUAGACAGGAACUCAGCCCUGAUGUCAUUUUCUUCGAGGUGGAGAGAUCGGGCAAUGGAUAGGAAGAAAUAUGCAGGCACCGACACAAAAACGAGUGCUGCAACUGGAUAA